GUACACUUGAGGGAAAACCUAUGUCAUGUGAAAGUGCAGGUUAUGCUAUGCGAAAGGCAAAACGUCAACUCAAUUAUGAUUGCCGGGUAUCGAGAUGGUAAAAGGGAGACACCAAUGGGAGUUUUGACAAUAGACUUGGUCCAUGAUUAUGUCUCAUAG